UCCAGGCCGAUUGUUCUCUCGGUGGGGCGUUCAGUCCGGGUAGAUGGUGGUGCUGAUGCGCUGCAGAACCACCUCCUUGGCUGGUCUGAGGUCACACUGUGGCUCGGGGAUAGCCGAUGGCGGAGAUGGCGCUGUCAGCGGCGGGCCCCUCGGUCUCUCGGCGCCUCUUCACCUGGGAUGAGAUCAAACUCUGCUCGGGCAAGUCGCCGGAGCGGUGGCUGGUGAUUGACCGGAAGGUGUACGACAUCAGCCAGUUCCACAAGAGGCACCCGGGGGGCUCCCGCGUGAUCAGCCACUAUGCAGGGCAGGACGCCACGGAUCCCUUCACAGCAUUCCAUCUGGACAAGACUCGAGUAAGAAAGUACAUGAAGUCGUUGCUAAUUGGAGAGCUUGCAGAUGACCAGCCCAGCUUUGAGCCUAGCAAAAAUAAACUGCUCGUGGAGGAUUUCCGUAAGCUCCGUGUUACUGUUGAGGAAAUGGGCCUUCUGAAUCCCAACCAUCUCUUCUUCUUCCUGUACCUCAUUCACAUCUUGGUGCUGGAUGUUGCAGCUUGGCUGAAUAUGUGGUACUUCGGGUCAUCCUUGGUACCCUUCCUCUUCUCUGGAUUACUGCUUGGCACUGUCCAGGCCCAGGCUGGCUGGCUGCAGCAUGAUUUGGGACACCUUUCUGUUUUUAGCAAAUCCAGAUGGAACCAUUGGGUUCACAAAUUUGUGAUAGGACAUCUGAAGGGGGCACCAGCCAGCUGGUGGAAUCAUUGGCAUUUUCAGCACCAUGCCAAACCAAACUGCUUCCGCAAGGACCCGGAUCUCAAUAUGCAUCCUUUGCUUUUUGCACUGGGAAAGAAGCUCUCUGUGGAGCUUGGUGUAAAGAAAAAGAAGUUCAUGCCUUACAAUCACCAACACAAAUACUUCUUCAUCCUUGGACCACCAGCUCUGGUGCCUUUCUAUCUGCAGUGGUACAUCUUCUACUUUGUCAUCCAGCGCAAACAGUGGGUGGAUUUGGCUUGGAUGGUGACUUUCUACGUCCGGUUCUUUUUGACAUAUUCAUUUCUACUGGAACUGAAGAGUCUCCUUGGCCUCUUUCUCCUGGUCAGAAUCAUAGAGUCUCACUGGUUCGUCUGGGUAACGCAAAUGAACCACAUCCCAAUGAACAUUGAUUAUGACAAGAAUGUGGAUUGGUUCUCAGCUCAGCUUCAGGCAACGUGCAACGUAGACCAGUCCCUGUUCAACGACUGGUUCAGUGGGCACCUCAACUUCCAGAUUGAGCACCACCUUUUCCCCACCAUGCCUCGACACAACUACUGGAAGGUGACCUCCUUGGUGAAGUCCAUGUGUGCACAACAUGGCAUCGAGUACCAAUCUAAACCUCUGCUCAAAGCCUUUGCAGACAUUGUAUACUCUCUGAAGAAUUCAGGGGAGCUCUGGCUUGAUGCAUACAUGCAUGCAUAAGAAGUCAGCAACAUUUCCUUGGGGAAGAACUGCCUACCCUUGUGGCCUCUAACAACUGGCACCUUGAAGAGAGCAAGAGCCUGGCUCAAUUUGGGGUGGGCAGCUGAGUGAGCUGAAGUCUGGUGCUGGGUGUGAUCUCUCAAGACAUCUUAUUUCUUACUCCUUCAUAUCCCAUUCUCCUCUCUGCUCAGUAUCUUGAAGAUACCGAGAGAAGAUUUGUUUUUGUUUUUAAUGCACAUUCAUGUGAGGCAGAAGUCUAUAGGACCAGGAAACAAUUCGCAUCUCUUUGCUGCCAUUUAACUUCAUAUAUAGAAGAGUAAUCUAAUGUAGGAAUCUGUAAGACUUCUGUUGCCUUGGUAUCUGGCUUGCCUUGGUCCCUCCUAGAGUAAAAUAACUGAGGAUGUGGAAUCGGUGUGAUGAAAGAGGCAGAGAGGAAGAAAGGAGAAGGCAGUGCUUGGAUCACUGAGGAAGGGGAGCCCUUGCUGAAAUCCACAUGUUGUCCCACCCUCUGACUCCCCCAGCUCUUAGCCAAAUCAUGCCACCUCUGGGAGCCUUCUAAAAACAGUUGUGAUAAGGGUGCUGUCACUAAAGGUAAGCACUGGGAAAGGAGAAGAAAUGCUGAAUCUGAGAAUAGGAGCUGCUGAUAGGAAGAUCAAAUUGGAGUAGGACAGGUUGAGGUUGGGAAACAAGGGGUAGGUGGGACCAGACAAGAAAGCAACCAGAUUCUGGCACAGGCAGGAGUUCAAGAGCAAUGCUGGUGAGAGGCCGGACUCUUAGCUGUGGAAAGAAAUUUGGGGCAGGUUUGCUGUGACAUGACAUCUCUGGCUGUGCUUUCUUUCCUCAAAGACAAAGAAAAGUCUUAAUUAGAUAAUUAUUUGCACACACCCUCCACAGGGCCAUAUUUGGAUAGGGGGAAAGUGGAUGUUGAUGGACUGAUAUUGUUCCUAUACUGAGAGAGAAAGCAAUGCUAGAAGAUGCUUUUCCUUUAUCACACACUGAAUUAAACUAAUUAUAUUCUACAACUAGAAUUAAACUUCUGGGGUGUCUGCUGCUAAAGCACAGGAUGCCUCCAUGUGAACUCAAGCCUCAUUUUGCAACACACUUGGGAGUCUCAAACUUGGCCAUAGUCACUCUCUCAGAUACUGCAAUCCUAUCCACAUUUACCUGGGAGUGAGGUAAACUUGUCCCAUUGAACACAGUGGGACUUGCUUCUGAGUAAACAAUCCAUAGGAUUGUACUGUCAGUCAAGAACAACCAUUUUAGUGUUCUCAUGUUUAUUUUCCUCAGUCAUUUUUAAUAGUCAUCCCCCUGCCCCCCACUCCUGAGGAAAAGCUGCUGUAAGGUAUCCUUUCCCCCUUCUAAUUCUUUCAUUGCUGCUUAUCUUCACAAAUGCCUUGGUGAAACUGAGAUGGAGUUUUGAGGCCUCUCAGUAACUGGAGACCUCAUGUCCAUCAAGCAACAUGAUUGCAUAAACUCUUCCUAAAACAGAGCUGAGGGACAGAUUCGUGGAAUCCUCCUCUUUUCUUAAAAGCAGAUGAAGCAUAAUGGCUCAGGGACUGGACAAUGAAAUUUAGAGUAUUCAUUGUCCACUAUGAACUUAAUAAGUGACCUUAGGCAAGCUUCUCCCCCGACCCCAUGCAAUAGGGGCGAUAUUUACUUUCCUUACAAGAUAAUACAUGUGAAGUACUUUGAAUACUUCAAAGCACUAUAUGAAUACUCAUUAUUAUUCCUGAACCAUAGAGAGACGGGAUUCAGAGCCAAGAGUGUGUUACAUUCCUCAGAUUACUUGGAAGCAAAAACCUUAUUUAAAACAUCAGGUUACCUUUCUACAUAUGCGUGGUUCCAACAGUCAUUCAAAUAUAAGUUUAAUGUGGGUUAAACCCACAUUAGCAUGGCCAUGUGAACCCAGACCAAUGUGAUUUGUGGCCCGAGAUGAAUCUGAGAUUGUCACCUUGGUGUGGGUUGAAACAGUCAUGCUGAUGUCGUUAAUGCUGGAGAUUGAAUCUGGGCUCUUCUUUGUACCCAGCAGAUGCUUUGCCUCUCAGCUAUGGCCUUAUCCCUGAGCUUCUAGCCCUCAGCUGUGCCAUUCAGUUCCACAAAUGUAUCCAUUAGGUUUGUCACUUGUCACUGGUUGGGAAGGAGCCAAGCUGAAGGGCAGAGUGGAAACCCAAACAUAACAAAAAUUCUGUUGCAAUGCGGAUCACCAUACCCUUAGCAGCUGCUCUGUAAGAAGGCCUGCUUAGUGCUUUGAGACCCAUUGGCGAAAGGGCUGAGGGCACCCUCUGGCACCCUCUGGCAAGCUCUACAGAUCACUAUAAUUUACUCAGAAGUAAAGCCCAUAGAAUUCAGUGGAACUUACUCCAGUAGCUCUUCCAGAUGGUGAUAUAUUCCAAUUUCAGUGCAAAAGAUGGCAAUAAAUAAAACAAGAAAUUAACAUGAUGUACAGAGAUGUUGCAUAAUAUUCUUGGCACAAUCUGCUGGCGAGCUGCAACAAUCCAUGAAUAAAUGGUGCCUUUUCACACUCCUUUAAUUCUAACUUGAAAAAAACAGUUUAUCCAUGGAUUGCUGAAGCUGCUGGAUAGUAGUAUGUGGCAUCCUUGUAUGUUUUGCAGGUUUUUCAUUUAUUGUCAUAGUUUGCAGUGAAGUUGAAAUAGAUCACCACCCAGAAGAGCCACAGGUAAGUGUGCAUAAGACUGUAGCCUUCAGGCACUAACAUUCCAGUCCACAGAGAACAGUGGUGCAGUACAAGUAUGAUGACUAUUUUAUUGUUGUGAGCUGCCCCGAGCAGUAAUGUACUGGAGGGUGGGGUAUAAACAUUUUAAAUAAAUAGAUGAUGGAUAUUUAUAUACCGCUUUUCAACAAAAGUUCCCAAAGUGAUUUACAUAGAUUUAAAUAAAUAAAAUGGCUCCCAGUCCCUAAAGGGCUCACAAUCUAAAAAAAGAAACAUAAGAUAGACACCAGCAACAGCCACUGGAGGGAUGCUGUGCUGGGGUUGGACAGGGCCAGUUGCUCUCCCGCUGCUAGAUAAAGAGAGUCGCCAGUUUUAAAAGGUGCCUCUUUGCUCAGUUAGCAGGGUUCAGCCACCCAAACAAGCCACUAUGUUUCACCUCUGGAUUCUCUCUUGUGCAAUGUGCCUCAAAGACAUGCUUAGAGGACAGAAAAGCAUGCUGCUCAGUGAAUUACCAUUAGAGCCUUAUGCCAUUUGAUACUGCGGUAUAAGACCAUAUUAUAGCCCAAACUGCCAAAUAUAGCACACACACGGGAUGGAUGCAGGGCAGCAACAAGGUAUGAUGUAUUUUUAAAAAUGAAGCCCUAUCCAUCCAAAGCACCCCCUGCCCCAUUAUUUCUGUGUUAGAAGUCCAACCUCUCUUCCUUAAAUACCUGUCUACCCUACAAAAAUAAGUGGGUGUGAGCUGGCUCUUUUCAUUCAGAGAAACAUUUCCUCAUUGCACCAGCUGCAGUCACCCAAUAAGUCUACUAGUGCAGCAGGGAUUCCCAAGUUUGGGUCCCUGAUGUUGUUGGACUACAACUCCCAUAAUCUCCAGUCACAAUGGCCUGCUAGAGUUUCUAAACAAGAGCAGAGGUGAUUUGGCCUUUGCAGGGAUCUCUCCUAGGCUAAAAACUAGAAGCCCUUGUGUUCAUCAUAAAGAAGGGCUGAGACGUUUGGAGAGAGAGAGAUGAGUGGUUGUUUCCCCAAUGGAUAAUAAAUUAUGGACGUACUGUCUUGUCGUGUGCACAUUGUUUGAUGAGGAUAACAAACUGUGAUUAAAUAAUAACCUGAAUUCAAGUAAAUUUUUUGUGGCUUCUUUCCUUUUCACUUUUCUGUUUUCUUUCCCCCAUUUCUUCAACAUGAGGGAUAAUCCCUUGUUCCUUUACCAGUCUAGUCUUGUAGUGGCAGGAAGGAUUUGAGGGAGGACUGGAUCUCAGAGCAACUGCUGGGAGGGUGGGGCUUUCCUAAUAAGGGAAAGCCCCAAUGAAAAUCAAAACAAGGACCAAGCCAGAGGACUGGAUGGAACUGCAUUCACUACCACCACCAGCAGAAGAGAAAGCUUUUUUCUGUGUUUUUGUUCUGUCUCAAGAGUGCCCUGAGGAAGCAGCUGAGAAGCUGCUGGGGAAAUGGGAAGGCCACAGCCUGGAGGCUGGAGACAGCAGGAAGAUUUCUGCCUGGCAGUAAUAAGAUAGGGACCAGUUCAGUUAGACACAUGAGGGAAAUUAUUUCCCUUUAUUUUAUUGCUUGAAUCUGAGUUGCUUGGUUAAUGAAAACUCUCUCUUACAAUUUGCUUUAUGAAGAGACAACUGUUCUUAUUGCAUACGCUUGUUUUUAUUUUAAUCUAAUAAUAAACCCUUGUUAGUGAAGUGUGCUACUCUUCAUUUUGGGUCUGCUUUAGUCACACACCUCUGGAGGCCUAGGAAUGCUCAGCCCCUUUUAGGGAGGGUUUUACCACUUUAUCUCCUAGGAAUCUUAUAUGGAGAGAGUAGUUUGUCUCACAUUAAAAUAAAGUGGAUGGUGGCGGCCUACUGUGAAUCCCAGUCAAGGAUCCUUACAGUCAAGGAUUCACCCCAUUGAACUCCUCUCCUCUGGCUCUAGUAGGAGCUAUGACAAGUCUGCUUUAAGGUCUCUUGGGGAGCAUCCUUCUGAAAACAGCAGCAUUGGGAUUUAUUGCUGGCUUGUUCAAGUACCAUCCACCCUUUUCCUGAGUGAGUUAUCUGAAAAGUUUUGAAGAAGAGAUUUACUGAUGUUCAAAUGUGAUGAUGCUACAAUACCACUCUUGUGAAUUGCAUGUGCUGGUCUAGUAUUCAUUGGGAAAGUUGGGGUUAAAGGUUACACUGCCACUACCAUAGCUAUGACUGGGGAAAGGACUGGAAAUGGGAUAGUCUCAGAUAUCUGCCCCUUCCCCUGGACUGACCAGUCCAACCUCUCCCCCCCCACCGCCCCUGCAAUUACCAUAUCUCUGCUACAGUGCAUUAUUCUUUCAGUUUAUUUUAUUUUUAUUUAUUUAAUAACUCAUAUCUCAACUCACAUUGAGAUGCACCCCCACUCUCAGAUCAACACUAAAUGCUUCCUUAGUUGUUUUCCAGUCUUCUGGCUAGCAAAACGCCCACUUAAAUUUGUCCAUACAAAAUGCUCAAAUUUCUACAAAUAAAAUAAAAUCAUUCUAUUUUACGAGAGGGGCCUCAUUUAUCCCAGUGGUGAUUAAGUUAGUUGUUGCUAAAGUUUAUCCCUUAUUUUUUUUUGUAUGGUGCCUAAUUGGGGCCUCCUAGUAAUUUUGGCCUGCUGGAAGCUGUACAGUCUAAAUUUAUUAGAGCUAUUCUUCAAGUCCCCCCCCCCCCCCGUGUUCCCAAUUCUCUUACCAGACGAGAAGUAGGUCUCGCUAGGGUUGAAUCGAGUUACUGGACCUGAAUUAUAAAGUUUUGGUUAAAACUGUUUUUUUGCCAAUGUAGGCCUGGCUUCCUAGGUAAUGAUUGAUGACUUUAACCAUAAGUAGAAGACCUUAGUUAAAAAGAAACUUCUUCAAUUUGGGUUCUCCCAAGAAGAAAUUCUUAGAUGAGGACAUGAUCAGUCCUGGCAGGUUAUUAAGCAGCGUAUUGCCAAUACAGAGUUACAAGUGGAUACAGCCUGUCUAAGGAGUGGUAUCUAUCUGGGGAAACAACUUUUUAAUUCCAAACCAGCAGCAUAUUUAGAUAACAUUUUUAUCCCUAAAUUUAGGCGCCCAUUUACUCUUGCCUGCCUAAACACCCUUCCGACGGCUGUGAGGGAUGCUAGAUAUAAAGGGAUUCCGUUUAAUUUAAGGAUUUGCCCCUGUGGAAUGGAUGCCAUAGAAACUACCCCUCAUGUUAUUUUAUAUUGUAAAUUUUCUAGCAAUGCUCAUUUAAAACUAAUUUCUCCUUGGGGAAGUUUCCAGGUCACUCUGAUGAAUUUUAUUUAGAGUUUUUGUUAUCUAACUUUUGUAAAGAGAUCACUUUCAAUGUGGCUAUGCUAUGCUACAUUGUUUGUAUUAUACACUGUAGUCUUAUGUAAUGUUUUGUUGUUGUACUGUCUGAUUUAUGAUCAUAAUAAAGUUUAUCUAUCUAUCUAAA